GUCUGCUGCGCGAUUUCCCGCUGGUUGCGAAGAAAACACGCUUCUGUGACGUAUUAUGGUUGGCUGCUCGGCUUUAGGGUGCGCGAAUGCUUCCGUAAAAGGGAAGAAAAUGUUUCGUUUUCCAUGGAACGAAGCGCUCAAGCGUAAAUGGGCGGUCGCCGUCAAACGAGCGACCGCGACCGGCGAGCUCUGGAUACCGCACGUGGGAGCUAGAAUAUGUGAAGAUCAUUUCGUCACAGGUGCACCCAGCAAGGAUCCUCAGCAUGUGGAUUACGUGCCGUCUUUAUUCCGCUACAAUGAAAGGGCAAUUGAAGCUGCACGAAAGAGGAAAGAGAGUUACGUGCGGCAUGCAUCUCUGGCGCAAAAGCGGGAAUGUGCGAGGCAACAGCAGCCGACCUUGUGCGCGCAGGGCACCACUGCAGACCAGCGAUGAAUUCACCGGGAGGCGACUCUUAUCACGAUAUUCAGGACGACGAAGACGAAGUGCCAUCCUACAUCCAUGCUACAAGCAAUGCAAGAUCGGCAGAAGUGCAGACGGACGCUGACACUGCUGUGUGCAACUCCUGCCAGCGUUUGAAAGAAGAAGUAAGGAAGUUAAGAUUUACCUUCGAGGAGCUUGGGCGCGAAAGCUCACGGCAUGUGGAAGAACAAGAUCGGAACGUUGUGAAACAUAUGAGCGAAGCAAAGGUCCAGUUUUACACAGGUCUCCCAAAGGCUGUGUUUUUUGCCAUUUUGUCAAGCAUUGUGCCCGUAUUGCCAACAGCCCGAAAGAAGUUUCCGCAUCAUCUACAGCUCCUUACAUUUUUGAUCAAGCUGCGGCUCAACGUUCCCUUCAGAGACCUGGCGUACCGGUUUAUUUUAGAUCCCAGGACAGUAAGCCAGAGUUUCAGGACUGUACUUGACAGCAUGUUCCAUUUGUGCAAAGGCCUGAUCAAGUUCCCAAGCCGUGAAGUAUGCGAGAGCUGGUUGACUGAAAAAGAGCUGAAGCAUUUUCCUAGGCUUCGGGCAAUCAUCGACUGCACCGAGGUGCACGUGGCAAGGCCGCUUAACCUGGACGAGCAGCAAGUGGUAUGGAGCACAUACAAACAGAACACCACACUGAAAUAUCUGGUUGCUGUUAAUCCACACGGUGCUGUAAUGUUUGAAGUUAUAAGGCGCGAAUAA